AUGUGCAGUUCAGGCGUCUUUCAUUCAGCUCCAGGUCCAGCGACUCCUUCGAGCAUAUCAGGCUCUGGGAGGACAACGAUUCCUCCAGCACGACUUCUGUUGAGUCCUCAAACAACAUCCCCAAACUCCGAGAAGCACCUGUAUUACUUCGGUCUCUGCGGCAACAGACACCUUGGCCCCAAGCUCGUCUUCAGGACGUCUACGGAUGUCUUCACGCCGCCUACUGGGCCAGAGCACGACCCUCGCCUUAUGCAGCUUCUUGGCGUCUACAACCACGACAAACUGGGCCAGGACAACCUUUGGGCAACUAUUCGUGAGGAGGUUGUUCAACUCCUCGACAAUCGAGAGAUCCAGCAGACCUCCGUCGACCUUGUCCGCUUCAGGUGGGAUGAGCAGAACUCGGAUGGCGGCAGAGAGACAGUUACCAGUUGCGUCACGAUCUGGGUCGGAGUGCUGCCAGAUAGUACCACCGGCGACACCGCGUUCAAGUCCUCUAAGGACAUCCUCCAACUCCUCAAGCAACACAGCAUUCACGACAUCGACGUGGCGUAUCGUGAAUCGGUGGCCCAGCCUUUCACUGGUCCCGAACUCCUGCCCAUCGCCGGCUUGGAGACGCUGCACAUGCAAGGGACGUUAGGCUUCUAUUUCCGAGUCGGCGAUGAUCUCUACGGCGUUAUGGCAUGCCACAUGCUGUUCCCCGCGGAUCAAGGCAAUAGUUCUUACACCUACAUCGCCGGGCCCAAGAAGCAGGUCAUCCUCAUGGGCAACAGAGCUUUCGACCACUUUCUAGCAUCCAUUCAGGCCAAAAUUGGCAACCAGAACACCACCGUCACCUUCUUGGAGAAGCAUGCUGCGGCGUACAAGAAGAAGGCUGAUGCCAGUAACGAGCAAGGGGCAACAGAGCUGGUGGCCACCAAAGAUGACAUGAAGAACAGAAAAAAGGCGAUCGAGGCCCUCAAGGCAUUCUUCAUCACGAUGAAGAAGAACUGGUCUGAGGUGAACGACCGCAUCAUUGGACAGGUUGUCUGGGCACCUCCGAUCACUGGUCUUAAUGCCCCUCACGGCUACACCAAGGAUGUUUGCAUCAUCAAGCUCGACAAGAAGAAAUUCUGGCCAAACUUCAUGGGGAACGUCAUUGAUUUAGGCACUGAAAUCGACCCCAGCACGUUUAUGAGCUUAAUAGGCAUUCUCACUGCUGCUCAGAUACGUCAACCCAACAAUCAGGACUUGAAGGGUGACCCCGUGCGAUUCGUGAUCAAAUGCGGUCACACCACAUUCACCACGAUUGGUCAUCUUGCUGGGUUCGAGUCUCAUCAGCGCCGCUACAGCCUCGUCGGCACCUUCAAUUCCAUCGAAGCUGCAAUUUACCCCUACGAUAACGACUCCAGUCCAUUCUCCAGAGGUGGGGACUCUGGGGUCCUUAUUGCCAGUCCCAAAGGCGAGUUCGCUGCCCUCCUCAGCGGUGGCACUGGUCUGACCGACUCGUCUGACAUCACCUACGGCACCCCGAUGUACUGGCUCUGA